GAACAAGGGGCUGGUUCAACACAGUCCCGAAGGGUUUGCUUUUGAAGCCGUAAGAAAGGGAUCCUGAGGUUGUGCGUUUGAGGCUGGCGAUCGGGUUUGGGUCUGGGAGGACAGGAUGUUUGGACGGCAGUAGUAUCAGCAGUGUCCCAGAGUGUCGCUCUCAUGCCCUGCCUGCUUCUCUAGUCCCCUCCCUCUCCCCUGCUCCAUGCUUGGGCUCCACGCCCCUCUCCUCUUCCCCAAUGACUGCCUGGAUCAUUCUCCCCGUCAGCCUGUCUGCCUUCUCCAUCACCGGGAUAUGGAUCGUCUAUGCUAUGGCAGUAAUGAACCAUCAUGUUUGUCCUGUAGAGAAUUGGUCCUACAACCUGUCCUGUGCGGAGGAGACUCCCAAGCACGGCUUCCCGAAAAGCUGCUGCACCCUUGAGGACAUCCCUCUGAUCAGUAAGUGUGGCUCCUUCCCUCCAGAGAGCUGUGUCUUCAGCCUCAUUGGCAAUGUGGGAGCGUUUAUGGUGGUGAUGGUGUGCAUGCUGCGCUAUGCCCAGGUGAUCGAGCGGAGCCGCCGCUCGUGGGUCAACACCAGCGGCCUCGUGGCGGGCUGCACCAACGCACUGGGGCUCGUCAUCGUGGGCAACUUCCAGGUGGAUCAUGCGAAGUCCCUGCACUAUAUCGGUGCUGGUGUAGCGUUCCCGGCCGGGCUGCUCUUCGUGUGUCUGCAGUGUGUUCUCACGUACCGCAUCGCUGUCUCAUCGCUCGAUUACUGGAUGGCACACUUCAGGAUGGCCCUCGCCAUCGUGGCCGUAGUCUCCAUGGUGCUCAGUGGUAUCUUCUUCAUCCACGAGCGCUUCGUUCUCCAGCACGCCGCCGCCAUCUGCGAGUGGAUCUUCACCGUCACCAUCCUGGUCUUCUACGGGACCUUCACCUACGAGUUUGGAGCCCUGAGCAGAGACAGCAUGCUGGCAGCGUUGCAGCCGCGGGGCAUGGGGGCUGGGAGGGGCAAGGACUGCAAGUCCCCGGGGAGCAGCAGCACCUCCACACACCUCAACUGCAACCCCGAGAGCAUCGCCAUGCUGUAGCACAGCGCUGCCCCCUGCCUGCUGCCCCAGGCAUAGCGCCCAGCUCAAACAAAACGGUCGUUUUUAAAUUAUUAUUAUUA